CUUGAGGAAAAAACUUUCAGAAUCAGGAAUUACAAUCUCAACAGCCAGAAACUGUUUACAGUCCUGGAAGAUAUACAAUUGAAAUCAGCAAGUAACAUUCCAGACGUAGUUGGCGGAACAGCUUCCUUCUCCCACUUUUAGGAGUGUCAUGAGGACUUGAAAUAUGUUCCUGUCACAUAUACAACAGUUGAUUGCUUCAAGGGAAAAACUGUCUACCUAUUUAAGAAACAAUAUUUUAUUAUCGAAAAUAUAAAAACACUAACUCAAGGACAAAGUUCUCACACCGGAAUUCAAAAUGUUCCAGUACUCCAAGAAUCUACUAAUCAUUUUUCUGAUAGCUCUUGGCGACGAAGUUAUUCAACAGUCAAGUUGUUUUACAAACAAUCCCGAAUGUAAUCCAACAAUGUGUAUCAGUUGUUCGUGUAACAAUUAUUGUUACCUGUAUAAUGAAUGUUGCUCACAUUCGGUAAAUCAAACUAUUAUAAACCAAAGAACAUUGUCAACAGAUUACAGUUGCAGGAAAAUUGAUGCUAACAGUUAUUUCAUGUUUGACCGCUGUCCAAGCGACCAUUCAUUUACAGAACACAUUACCUACUGUGAAGCACCAGAUGAGAAUGAUCAAUUAUACAACAUACCUGCUUUUGGAAAACAAACUAAAAGACUUUACAGGAAUUUGUUCUGUGCUCUGUGUAACGGAGAGGAAUACAUAUUAUGGACAGUUCACUACAAAUGUAAUCAGGUGAUGGAUAUAGAUUUCUCUCUCUUCCCUGACAGACAGAUACAGAAUCACUGUCAAGUAUUGUUUGAAGCGCCAUCAGACUAUACAGAUUACAAAUACCAAUGUAUUCAUUACGUUGCAAAAUGUCCUCCAAACGUUACCAAUACUUCUUUAGUUUCUUCGUGUAUGUUUGGGCCAAUGGCUAUUGUGGAAUCAAAUGGAACUACUUUUAGGAACACUCACUGCGCCAUCUGCAACGGUAUUCAUAUUAACGAUAUUCUCUGUAAUGCAUCUAUCUAUGGAAAUAUUUCAUAUGGAACGCCCAGACAACAAUAUCCUCUAACAAUAAUAUUUAACUAUAAUAAUAAUAAUUUUGAAGUUUCAAAUAAUGGGCAACAUAAACUUUAUUCGAAAAAGCUACCCUCUUGUUCACAAGGAUUUAUUUACGAUGAAAAAAUGAAACAAUGUCGGCAAGUUUACUAUAAUUCUAUAUUAAAUUGUACAGCUAAAAGACUGGAAAAAUCUGAAUAUUACAUCACCAGUGAUGGGUAUCUUUAUCUAAAUGCUUCCCACAUUCUGCUCAACCAAUCAGCAUUCAUUCAAGAUCCACAAGGCAUAAGUAUUUGUGUAAAUAACAGAACAGAGGUGAUGGGAAAAUAUUAUACUUUUGCAAGCUAUAUCACAUUAGUAGGAUUAGUGACUUCUAUUCCUGCUCUAUUCAUCACUAUCAUAGUUUAUUUUUGUAUACCUGAUCUCCUUACAUUACCAGGUAAACUUCUCAUUAGUCUUUUAGUAUCAUUGUUUACAGCAGAACUCCUGCUACUUAUCUCACCACAAGUUACAUCAAGUUCCUUGUGUUCAACAAUAGCUAUUAUGAUGCAUUAUUUUUUCCUGGCGGCUUUCUUCUGGAUGAAUGUCAUGUCAUUUGAUGCCUGGUACACUUUUUCAGGAUUUACACCGCUUCGAAGUACAGAAAAAGAUACAAAGAGACUUGUCUACUAUUCUUUAUAUGCUUGGAUAUGUCCCCUUAUAAUUGUGACAGUGUCACUCAUAUUUCAAUAUGCACCCGGGAACCAUGGACUUUCUCCAGAAUAUGGAAAAGGAUUUUUUUGUUGGAUUACAAAUAUAAAAUCUCGAUUGUGGCUCUUUGCAGCGCCCGUAAUAAUAAUUUUGUUACUUAAUAUAUGUUCUUUCAUACUCACUGCCAGAGGUCUCUAUUUAGCAAGUAAAAACUCCUCUAAAUAUCUGGAAGUAAAGAAUAAGACGAAAUUUAAGGUUUAUUUUAAGCUAAGCCUUUUAAUGGGCUUAACAUGGAUAUUUAGCUUCUUUCCAAAAUUGAAUGAAAUCGGUGUAGUUUUUCUUAUAUCCUGUAUUUUAAAUUCCUUUACUGGGUUAAUAAUUAGCAUAUUCUUUUUGUCAACGAAAAUUGUAAGACGUCAUUUUCGUCUUAAAUGCUACCAAAGAUAUUACAAAAAGGAAUGCAAACAUACUGACAUAUCUAUCAGUUCUAACAAAACGCAGUUGACUAAUGUACAUAUAUAGUGUUAUUUAUAAACGUAUCCUAAACAACUUUACGGGUUUAAAUUAAUAUUCAGUCUAUGGUAAAAUCUAGUCCACAAAUCGCUUACCGUCGUAAUCAUGUAAAUGCAUUGCUUGAAAGCUAAAUGCAAAGCAGGUACACCUGUAUUCAAACAGUUGAUCACAUUCAUAUUUACACACAUGCACAUACAUACAUACACACACACACACACACACACAACACACACAUACACACAACACACACACACACACACACACACACACACACACACACACACACCACACGGAUGGGCCCAACCUAUCAAGUUUACCUGUCAUUAAAUAUGGACAAGCUAGAAAGCAAUGCGCUAACAUCCAUUAUUCCCGCACUUUUUCCAAAUACCUAUAUCACAUUCUGGUGCUGAGCUUUCCUUGUGAAGAGGCAAUUAAUAUAUGCAAUAUAUCCAACAAUAAGGGGUGAACACAUAAAUUUCGAAAUAGUAUAUCCUGACGACACAUCAAAUCUCUUUAUCUCUCUUUUUCUGUCUCGUUCCUUCUCGCUCUGUUAUUCCCUCCUUCUCUUUAUCUCUCCCCCAUCUCACUCUGCUCCAUUUUCAGUUCAAAUCACAGAGAAGGUGAUCUUCAAAAUCAAUGUUUAGCAGAAAACUGCCUGCAAGGGUUUAUUUCUGCACUACAAAUCCCCAGUACUUCCCAGGUCUAAUAUUGAUUACAUAUGAUAAAACUGGCAAAACUAAAACUUCCAAUGCAUGGUAACAUUCAACGUCUCCCCAACAUCUUUUACUAGAGAGCGUCUAGAUAAUAUUGGUUUAGAACAAGGCUAGCAAUUUUCAGGGGAGAAAUAUUUUUGUUGAAAUAUUUUAGUUGAAACACGCUGUCUUUUAUUUCAGUUAAUUUUUAAAAUAAAGAUUGAUCGGAUUUUUGUUGAAA